CCACGCCAGCCCCAAAACGGGCGAGGAUGUUGUGAUGGGCUGACCCAGGGCGCCUGCUCAUAGGCCCCCCUGUCGUCACGUGACCGUAACCGUAUGCGGGCUGAUCGAUGAUCCCAGUUAGCAUGGUCCAAACGAUGAUUAGAUCCCAAGUGGAAGGAUUCCAGACCGCCUUCCCACCGACAAACGCGGCUCUCCGGCCUGGCCAAUUGCCCCGAAGCUUCGUGCUUUGCUCUCGGAGACUUGGAGAGUAUAGUAUCUCAAGAGGUUCUUGGUACCAUUCUCUGGCAGUCUCAAUGUUGCCUCCCAUGGUGGACAAACAACCAAGCAUCAUCACGAUGAUGACGCAUGAUGACUGGAUGCCCCAAGUUGGGCCGCGGAAGUACUUCCUCGAACCCCUGCGCCCAAAGAUCACCAGCCACCAUAGAACCAUGGACGUUGCUGGCGGCCAAGAAGAAUCGGCGUUGGUCACGGUGGAGCUGGAUCCUGGAGAUACCGGAGACAACGACAACCAGGGGGAAAAACAAAAAAAAAAAAAAAAGAGCCCACCACGCAGGUGAUGGUGGGUUCAGGCGGCAACGGAAAGACGCGGACGCCAAUGCACGGGGCCGCUGAGGGUCGAGAAAAACGUGGCAAGGGAGACUAAUGGACGAAGGAGAGGAAAGGGCAAUGCACCAGUUAGGGAAGGUAAUGAGCUAAAGAGGAAAUGAAAUUAUAGCGCGCCCCCAGUUGCGACCGUCGUAACGCCGCAUUAUUACCGGUUAUAGUAUUACCGCGUUUCCGGCCGCCGGUUUGGUUUCGGUUUCUGUUUUUGUUUCCGUUCCCGCUUGUAUGGUACCAAAGCAAAAGAUACCACCACCCUCAGGCCCCCAAGCCAAAAG